GCGCACAUGCGCGUUACGAGCUCCAGUUAUGGCGGCUACGCGUGAGAUCCAGAGCCGUUGAGAAAGUUCCAGAAGAAACCGUCAGUGUUUAUUAGUGAUGAAGAUGAGCUUAAAGUAACUACACCGGUUACAGCACAUCAACCUCUCUCACGAUGGCAGACGGUAACAGACCUUACCCUCAGAAUUUGCAGGGAGUUCUGCGAUUGGCUGUUGAAGCUGGCUCCGCCUCUGACGACCCCGCCCCAUAUGCGCCUAUGUCUCAGGAGAGGAUCGAGUUCCUGCGGGGAGCCCUGUCCGAGGUGUGUAAGGGUCAGCUGGAUGAGGUGGAGCAGAUGAAGUGGUGUGUCUCUGUGCUCCUGCAGGACAAGGGAGAAGGAAGAGAGGAUGAAGAGGAGGAGGAUGAGAAAGAGGCAGUGCUGGAGAUGCUGUGUGACCUGUGUGACAACCUGGACAAUGCAAGAGACCUGAUGAAGCUGGGUGGGCUGGAGGUGUGUAUGUCCCGAUGUGUGCGUCAUGAUGAGGCAGGUGUACGGUGGCGAGCGGCUGAGCUGCUGGCCUGCUGUGCUCAGAACAUGCCUGAGGUUCAGCUGUACUUGCUCCAGCAUGGGAUGCUACACACACUGCUGCAGCUCACUGACCAUGACACACACCCCACUGUGAGAGUCAAAGCUCUCUACGCUGUGUCCUGCCUUGUGCGGGAACAGGAAGUGGGUCUGCGUGACUUCCUGUCACAUGACGGAUUCUCUGUGCUGAUGAGGGGGAUGCAGUCAGACUGUGAAAAACUGCGUACUAAAUCCGCCUUCCUGCUGCUCAACCUGCUGAACAGCCACCCUGAACACAGAGAUACAGUGUUGUCCAUGGGGAUGGUACAGCAGUUAGUAGCAGUGCUGCGUUCUUCUCACUCCUCUGUUCAUGAACAUGUACUCGGUGUCCUCUGCUGUCUGGUGGAGGACAGUGAGCGUGGUGUGUGUGAUUGUAGAGAUCCCUCUCUAGGUCUGGAGGAGCUGCUGAACCAGAGGAUACAGGAUCUGCAGGGUCAGGAGGAGAGCCAGGAGGAGGUGGGGUUUUGUGAGCGUCUGCGAGCAGCUUGUUUCCGAGCUCAGCCUAAGGAGGAGAACAUAAUGGAUCGCUGAGUUCAUAUUGGCCCGCCUUUAAUCGCUGCUGUGCAGCAAUUGUUCAAGGAGAUGGGUGUUGUUUUGUUUUUUUUUCCUCUUCCUGACAGAAAAGAGACUGAGACAACACAAAAACGUGCUUAGUUUAAUACACACACACACACACACACACACACACACACACACACACACACACACACACACACACACACAUUGUAUUUGUUUCAUGUGAUCUGUGUUUAUGAACAGAAAGUGUAUCAUGUACAACUUUCUUAUAAAUGUGGUGAAAAAAAUAAA